AUGUCCCAGAAUCUCUGCUUGACAAGCACUGUGCUAAAAAGAAAUGGCAUCAUCCCCAGUUUGCAAAUGGGAAUCUGGCUGCCCGCCGAGUGGCGCCCGCUCAGCGAGGGCUGCCGCGCCGAGCUCGCCGCCAUCAUCGUGUACGCGCGGGUGCUCGCGCUGCACCCCGACCCCUACGGCGCCUACAACUACCUGCCCUGGCAGCGGCGACCCCCCGGCGGCGGCGCGCAGGGCGCCGGAGGGCUCUUCUACUCGGCCGAGAUCGAGCUGCUGUGCGACCAGGCGUGGGGCAGCAUGCUGGAGGUGCCCGCCGGCUCCCGCCUCAACCUCACCGGCCUCGGCUACUUCUCGUGCCACUCGCACACCGUGCUGCAGGGCUACGCUUACUUCUUCUUCCUGCGGAUGGAUGAGAACUACAUCCUCCUCCCUCACGGUGUGAACUUCCAGGAAGCGAUAUUCCCCGACACGCAGGAGAACAGGAGGACGUUCUCCAGCCUCUUUCAGUUUGCCAACUGCUCGCAGGCACAGCACUCCCUGGGCUUUGCCAGCGACUGGGAGAUCCAGGAGGACAACCGGCUCAUGUGCUCCUCUGUCCAGAAAGCCCUGUUCGAGGAAGAGGACAGAGUAAAGAAGCUGCAGCAGAAGGUGGCCACCCUGGAGAAGCGCAACAAGCAGUUGCGAGAUCGGGUGAAGAAAGUCAAGAGGUCUCUCCGGCAAGCCAGAAAAAACACCAGACACAUGGAGCAGAUGAACCGAAAGCUCAGUGAGAAACUUUCCUCUACAGGUGGCCAAAUCCCAUAUAUUAACUCUUUAAAGCAAGAGAACUCCCAUGCUUCCUACCUUAAAGUAUAAUGCAAGGGGGAAGUGUCCAGGCCAAUGAUACUGGUGAGUUUUGCCUGCAUUAGAACAGGAUCUGACCCUCACACCUUGUCUACACUGUGCUUCAAAUGCUGCAUGGAGAGCAAAUCUGAGCUUGCUUUAGGCACAGUGCUAGAGGAGAGCAGAACGCAACCC